GAGCCUCCGGCUCAGCCGCAGCGGGUCUCGUGCUGCCCCAGGCGCGUGGGGCGGCCCCGCGGGCGGAUGGACUGCGGCGGUGGGGCCGGGGCGUCGGGGGAUGGCGAGAACGAGGAGGAGGAGCGAGAGGGCUGCAUGGCGGCCUCGCAGGGGUCCAGACUGCCCCCCGUCUCGGGCUGCACCUCAGAACUGACCAAACGGAAGGUGAAGAAGAAAAAGAAGAAAAAGACCAAGGGAUCUGGGAAGGGGGACGCAGAUAAACAUCAGAGUCGAGGCCUGAAGACUCAGCAGCUGUCUCCAUCCUUCCAUGACAUCUUAAGUCCCAGCAAAGAUCAUGGCCCGGGGCCAGAGCACAGACAGGACGGGGAUGAAAGCAAGCUCACCCACUCUUACUCCUCCACCGUAUGUCUCUCCCGCUUUGCCGAAAUAGAAGAGACCCUUUCCAACCAGAUCAACGAAAGUCUGCGUUGGGAUGGCGUUCUCGCCGACCCAGAGGCAGAAAAGGAAAGGAUUCGCAUUUACAAGUGGAACCGGAGAAAGCGGUACCGGGUUUGGGCCCUGAAGGGCUUCCACUCUGACCCCGGUGACGAGGAGGCCCCAGAGAACCCAGCCUACCUCUCUGACGAGACGGCGGCAGUGGCGGCCGGCAACCCUCGCUGACGACCAAGCGCCCCAAUCACUGCUUUGAAGGAAACCUUAUCCCGAAGUUCCUCCACCCUGAUGCUCCACCUGGGUGAAAGCCCACCUGUGACACGGACAAGCUUAUCAUUUAUCCUUACCACACAUUUAUGUGUUAAGAAAAAAAAGAAUAAAAAUAAAAAGAAAUCAGACCUACCUCUGAAGGAAACAUGUGUCUGGUGUGUUGAUGAGCUCAGCUCACCUUCCACCAAAACACCGCUCGAGGCCCCAGA